AGCUCACCCUUAAAAAAAAGCGUACAAUUCCGUGGUUUCAGUACGUUCCUCUAAUUCCAGAACAUUUUUCUUUCUGAGGUGUCUCCCCUCAAGUUCACUCCCCAGCUGGGGGACCUUGGACAAGUCGCCCAAGCCCCAGGUUGUCUAAGGACACGCUGAGCUCCGACAGAGCCCCGCCGCGGUGGCGUGCACAGUCGGGUCAGGUGCGUGGCACCUCCCCCUAGUCCACCGGCCCCGCACAACACGUUACCGUUCGAUUACACUGUAAUUAAACUUAAGCUUGUAGCAUUUUUCUGUUAAACACACUGUAGUUUUCCUGGACUGCACUGGCUUGAUGUCCACCUAGAGCCGCAUUGUUCCCCGCAAACUGCUCGGGGACCCUGAGACCGUACAAACAAACAGGCGAACACACCCCAAACCCGCCCAAAGGGCCGCGCUGCAGCGCAGACGCAGCCUGAGAGCGUCAGCGCGCAUGCGCCCAGGCGCAUCCAUUUCCUAUCCCACCCCCGCCGUCGCGUCGAUGGUUUCGUCCGCGGCGGAGGUGGGGCCACGCGUGGCGCGAAAAUCGGCGCGAAGCGCAGCCCCACUUCCGUCGGUGGCUCCGCUCCCGCUCUCGCCCUCGCCAUGGCGCAGCGCCGUCUCACCGACUUCUUCGCGCGUCGCCGUCCCGGAACUCGCGCCGCCUCGUCGCGGGCCAAGCCGAUCUGGCGCACCCCUAGCCCCGCCAAGCCCUCGCCCCGCGCCUCGGCCCUCACCAUGGGCGGCAGCCGCAAGCGCGCCCGCCCGCCAGCAGAGCCCGUGCACGAUAAGCCCUCGCCGCCCGCACGCAGGAAGCUGAGGCUGCCCGCCGACGCGGUCUGUGGUCCUGGCUCCCCAGCUGCCCCUGGCUCCCCGGCUGCCCCUGGCUCCCCAGCUGCCCCUGGCUCCCCGGCUGCCCCUGGCUCCCCGGCUGCCCCUGGCUCCCCAGAGCACUCCUCUCCAAGGAAGAAGACAAAGAAAGCUGCUCUCUCAGCUGGUCAGCUGCCCAGACUGACACCCCAGGAGGAGAAGGUCCCCUCGAAAGUCACCUUCUCUGAGCUCAAGUCGUGCCUGCAGCGGGCCCGGGAGCUGGGGGCACGGGUCCAGGAGCUGAGGGCAAGUGCCCAAAGGAAUGAAGCUGGGGAACCAAAUGUGCCGGAAGCCGAGAGACACCCAGCAGAGACAUGUGGAGAGAAAGCGCCUGCGUACCAGCGCUUCCACGCCCUGGCCCAGCCCGGCCUCCCCGGCCUCGUGCUGCCCUACAAGUACCAGGUGUUGGCCGAGAUGUUCCACAGCAUGGACACCAUCGUGGGCAUGCUCUAUAACCGCUCUGAGACUGUGACCUUCGCCAAAGUCAAGCGGGGUGUCCAGGACAUGAUUCGCAAGCGCUUUGAGGAGCGCAACGUGGGCCAGAUCAAAACGGUGUAUCCCACGUCCUACCGCUUCCGCCAAGAGCGCAACGUCCCCACCUUCAAGGACGGCAUCAAGAGGUCUGAUUAUCAGCUCACCAUUGAGCCACUGUUUGACCAGGAGGCUGGCAACAUGGCCCCCCAGCUCACGGCCUCACGACUACUGCGGCGGCGGCAGGUGUUUAGCCAAAAUCUGGUGGAACGCGUCCGAGAGCACCACAGGGCCUUCCUGGCCUCCCUGAACCCCCCCAUGGUGGUGCCUGAGGACCAGCUGACGCGCUGGCACCCCCGCUUCAAUGUGGAUGAAGUGCCUGACAUCAAGCCUGCUGAGCUGCCCCAGCCACCCACUACCGAGAAGGUGGCCACUGCCCAGGAGGUGCUGGCUCGUGCCCACAGCCUGAUGUCGCCCAGGAUGAAGAAGGCCUUGAGUGAUCUGGCCCUGCGCACAGCCGAGCCCAGCAGCCCAGGGUUCCCUAGCCCUGUACUGCCGGCCACCCCCCCAGCUACUCCACCUGCCCCCCUGAAGGGGGUGUCCCAGGACUUGCUGGAGCGGAUCCGGGCCAAGGAGGCACAGAAGCAGCUGGCCCAGAUGACACGGCGCCCUGAGCAGGAGCAGCGGCUGGAGCGGCUAGAGCGGCUGCCUGAGCUGGCCCGGGUGCUGCGUAGUAUCUUUGUGUCUGAGCGCAAGCCGGCACUCACCCUGGAUGUGGCCUGUGCCAAGAUGGUGGACAGUUACCACGUGGCCAUGAGCCCAGGGGAGAUGGAGAAGCACGUAGAGCUGCUGUCUGAGCUGCUGCCUGACUGGCUCAGUCUCCACCGCAUCCGCACUGACACCUAUGUGAAGCUGGAUAAGGCCGCUGACCUGGCGGGUGUCACUGCACAGCUGGCCCGCCUUGCACGUGCUGAGGCACUGUGAGCCUGCCAGCUGCGCAGCAAACACCAUCGUGGGCUGAGGCCCUGGCCGGGCCCGCUGGGCCUGUUUUAUUCCCUUUACGAACACGCACUUCUGCUCUCGCCUCCGAGUGGCCCUGAGCAUCAGAGGCUGGGCUGGGCUCUGGCGGCAGGGCCUGCGGGUCUCUGGCCAGGGUGGGUGGUACGCCCACCUCGUACAGCACAUUGUAAUUAAACUAGUUUCUCUUGGCUUUGUCUUGGCUACACUGGAGGUGCAGGGAUGUGGGGUGUUGGGGUGGGGAGGAUGGCUUUGCUGCCAUCGGGUCAUGCAGUGUGGUUGACAGGAUAACAUGCCUCCCAGAUCGAUACCCACGAAGGGAUCUUGAGACGGGAGUUGAUCCUGGAUUAUCCGGUUGGCCCAGUGUCAUCAGAGGGCCGUCGUAAGAGGGAGAAAGGAGCAGAGAUUGGAGGGUGGUGUACCGUUGGCUUUGAAGAUGGGAUGUGGGGUCAUGAGCCACAGAAUGUGGGAGGCCUUUAGACUGGGAAAGGCAUGGAAUGGAUUCUCCAUGGGGCCUCCAGAAGGCACCAGCCCCGUCUAUACCUUGAUGUUUUAGUAUAGUUGGCAUACUGUAUCUGGAUUCAACUGAUCGAAAAUUCAAAGGGAAAAAAGUUACGUUGUUGCUGACAUGUACAGUGGUACCUCGGUUUUCGAACAUAAUCCGUUUCAGAAGACCAUUCGAGUUCUGAAACGGUUGAAAAUAGGCAU